AUGAAAGGAGUCGUUGAAUUAUCAAAAUUGCUGAUUAAAUUAGAUUAAGUGAAAGUUCCAUCAUAUUUAAAGCUUAUUGAGGAAACAGAACAAAUUCAUGCCAAUAUGCUCAAAACUCUUCUAAACAUCUAAAUCAAAGAUAUCUAAGAUCUCUUUUACAUACUGAAACCAACAUAGCAACUUUAUAAUUGUGUUUGUGGUUUACUAUGCUUUGUGGCUGGUGUCGAUAAAUCUAUUACGACUGACUAUUUGUUUUUACGAUAACGAGAUUGGGUCACUAGUUCAAGUCAAUUCUGCAAAAGCUAUGAAUAAAUUAAUGCAAUUUUGUCUAAUCUGUAAUCAAAUCUGAUAAAAAAGAAGAUCAAUAUUUCAAAUAUUAAGGAGGCUCAAAAGUAUUAUUAAGAAGAAUUAAAAUUUCAAGUCAAUUCGAUAUCAGACAAACUCGAAAAGAUUUUGACAUUGUCAAUUAACUAUUAUACCUCAUUCUAUAAGAUACUCAAACUCAAUUAGAAGUAUGAGUAGCAAUUGAGGAUUCCACAAGAAAAGAGUUCAGAAGAAUUGAAGUCUUAUAUGCUAUCAAAAUUAAAUAAUUUCGUAGACGAUGAUUCAGAAGGUAAGUUUGAGGAAGAAACCUAAAUAUAAAAUGAAUAAGUUUAAACUACUCCACUCACUCCCAAAGAUUAAUCGACUCCAUUAAAAACGUUUGGGAGAUUUAAAGAUUUUAGAUCUUAUUAAAAAGGUAUUGCUGAUCGUCAAAAAACAUCAAAGAGUCCUAAAUUACCCUAUUAUUCAACCACCUCUAAAAAAUAGUAUUAUAAAUCUAAAUCACCUUUAUAAAACUCAAAUAAACCAUAGUAGGAAAACAAUUAUUUAAUGAAUGAAUAUAUGAGUUUUCAAGAUCAAGUGACUGUUAAUAGUUUUCAAACUCAACCUUUAGAAUAACUAAAUAGUUCAAGGAAUAAUAAAAAUAUAUCCAAUACAUAAAUAAAGAGUAUCAAAAAUGUUAAUCAGAAGUCUUCAUAAUCCAAAUCUCCAGUUGGUAGAUAAAGAGAGAUUUAGAAGAAAAAAGAAGCUUAAGUACCAGAGACUCCUAAUUUAAAUAAAAUAAUUGAAUAGAUUUAGAGUAAUGAUCCAAAUAUUGAAAAGCAACUAAAAUAAGAAUUAGAACUGAUUUAAAAAUAGAUAAAAAAAUUAGGAGCCACAAAAAAACAAUUAGAAUGGCAGGAUGAAAGAUAAAGUAAGAAAAUUAGAGACCAACAUGAAUAGUAAUAUUUGAGUGAGCAAAUAGAAUAAAGUAAACAGUUCUUAGAAAAUAGACAAUAGUUUAAGGAAGAGCAAAAAGCAAAAUUGAAGAAGGAGGGCAAGAAGGAGAUAAAAAUAAAGAAUGAGGUUCAGGACUUCGAACAGCAGAGAGUCUGGUGUUUGUUUAAGGAGUUGGAGAGAAGUAUUAUAGAGAAAGAAGCAUUAUAAAAGGAUGCUUUGUAGAUGGAGUAAUAGGUUUGUAUAAAAAAUUAAGGAAUUUAAAAAUAUUGA